UCCACUUCACUCCCACCGAGCUGUCAGUGGAGUCCGACCAGCCGCUGCUCGCUGCGGAGCCUCUGCGCACCAGUGCGUCCUGCGCGUCUUGGCGCACAUCACUCCUUGUUGGGAAUAUCCAGUCCGGAGCAGGACCGAAGCAGGACGCUUUGCAGUUUCUGUUUUUCAAAGUCCCAGAGAGACUGGCGAGGAGGAGCAGGGAAGAAAAAUGGCCUCUCAAGGGAUGGAGAGUAUGAAGUUAGCGGCGGACCAGGUUAAAGUGCUGGAGCAGAAUUUCAGGAGAAUCAGUAAGCAUCCGGAUGUGGGGACGCUCUCGUUGAUCGCCGCGGAGUGCGGACUGUCAGAGGAGGAAACACAAAAAUGGUUCAGGCUACGCAACGCACAGUGGAGGCAAGCGGAGGGUCUUCCAGCUGAACUUGGCUCGGUGAAAGACUGAGUGACGGACGGACGAAAGAAAACCUCUGACUGCAGUGUGUGCGGCCUGAAGACCUCUCACUGCCCCCCCCUCCAGCCCUCCCAUCCACCCCCCACCUCCACCUCUCCCUCUCCCUCUCCCUCUCUUCUCCCUCAGACCCCCUCAGUCCUUCUCUUUUGUAUCUCUGAAGCUAUUUUAACUUACGGAAUGUGAAGAGAUUGUGUGUUGUUGCCAAUAUAACCGCCAUGUUUACAAAAAUAAACAUAUUAUUAUUGUUAUUCUAAGAAAAAAAAAAAAAAAAA